UGUUCAACUUCAAGUUCAAACUCGAAGUACUAUAGUAAGUUCUUGCUUCUGGCAGACAGCUUGGAAUUAUCCGAAACCCGACUCUGAAGCAACGUGGUGGUAUCAGAGCAGCCGUUAUUCUAGUCUAUUGAUGAUUCUGUGUUUCGUGGGAAGAUGAAAAUAUUGAACUGGGUUUCAGUUUCACUACCAGCAGAUCCCAAGAGUAGAUCAUGCCUCCUUUGCAGUCUCCUCCUCGCUGCAGCUUUGAUAUGUGUAGCCUUUUUCACUGGGGGCGCAUUUAUAACCACAGCUUACAAAGAAGCUACUUUGCAGAGAUUUUCAAGAUGGGUAAUCGUCGAUAACAUGCAGAAGAACACAAAGUCAAAUUCGUGCGAGAAUCAAUGCAAGCCCUUUGGAAGUGAAGCAUUACCAAUGGGUAUUAUUUCUAAGCUGUCUAACUUGGAAAUUCAGCCAUUAUGGGGAUCAUCAAUGAAAAAGAAGAGAGCAAAGCCGUCAAUGAACUUGUUGGCCAUAGCAGUUGGAAUAAAUCAAAAAGAUAAUGUAAAUCAAAUGGUUAAGAAGUUUCUCUCAAGUAAUUUUGUUUUGAUGCUGUUUCAUUAUGAUGGUAUGGUGGAUGAAUGGCGGGAAUUUAAAUGGAGUGAUCAAGCUAUACAUAUUUCUGCAAUUAAUCAAACUAAAUGGUGGUUUGCGAAGCGUUUCUUGCAUCCAGAUAUAGUUGCUGAAUACACUUAUAUUUUUCUCUGGGAUGAGGACCUUGGACUAAAAAACUUUCACCCAGGACGCUAUUUAUCGAUCAUCAAACAUGAAGGACUGGAAAUUUCACAGCCAGCACUAGAUCCCACCAAGUCAGAGGUGCAUCAUCAAAUUACUGUUCGUGGAAGGAGAUCAACAGUGCACAGAAGGAUUUACAAGUCAAAAGGUAGAGGGAAGAGGUGUGACGAUAACAGUACUGCUCCUCCAUGCACAGGGUGGGUAGAAAUGAUGGCACCUGUCUUCUCAAGAGCAGCUUGGCGUUGUGCAUGGUAUAUGAUCCAGAAUGACUUGAUACAUGCAUGGGGCCUCGAUAUGCAGCUCGGUUACUGUGCUCAGGGUGAUAGAACCAAAAAUGUUGGGGUGGUCGACUCAGAAUUCAUAGUUCACUUGGGUCUCCCUACACUUGGGGUAACGUAUGAAGACAAGGCACCAUCGGAGUCCCGUGUAAUGAAGGAUAAUAGAUCUGCAGUGAGGUGGCAAUCAUACAUUGAAUUGCAGACCUUCAAGACUAGGUGGAGAAAAGCAGUAAAGGAGGACAAAUGUUGGAUCGAUCCAUAUCAACAACAUACUAAUCAGAGAAGCUUUUAGUGUAUAUUUAUAAGCUCUUUUCAACUUAGACUGAGGGGCAGGGUUCGUGAUAACAUACAUGUAACUGGACUACACUGGUACUCGUCCCCAUACUGGAUAGAUUAAAUGGCGAAGGAUUUGUAAGAAGCUGAUCUUAGAUACAGUCU